AUGAUUACUAACAAUGCAAGUGGCAAUCCAUUUGCUCCUAAACCCUUCGGCAGUACAUCCACUUUUGGUUCACAAACAGGGGGUUCCAUUUUUGGUGACAUUUCUACUGGCGUGUUUGGUGCAACCCAAUCUUCUUCGCCUUUAUCAUCGACCCCAGUGUUUGGUGCUUCAUCUACCCCAGCUUUUGGAAGUUCAACGCCUGUUUUUGAAGCAACAUAA